UAUUACUUAUAAAGCCGAACUUUUUCUUUUUGGUCACUCAACAAAUCAACAAGAAUCCUAAAUUAUCGAAAUAAACCCUACUAUUAUUACCUCCAUUCUUUCCAAAUCAGGAUAUGCACAGUUGUUUGACUAUGUAGUUCGGACUGGUAGCUAAACAGAUAAUCAUUGUUUUUCACCGUGAAUUUAGAAAACCUCCAUCGACAGAUUUCUGAAGAAACAGGGGAAAAGAAAGGACUCAUCGGUUUUUCUUUUGCUUUUCAUAUUUUUUGAUCGAACCUAUAGUCAUUGGAGGGAAAUUUGGAUAAUUUUUAAUAUGGGUUUUCGUCAUGUUCUUGGAAAUUGAAAACCCAUCAACGGAUCUCGGGAUUCGAGACAGAAGUGUUGGAAUUGAAGUGAAUUUUGACGAGAAAGGCUGAUAUGGGAGAUUUUCUUGGCGGGUUCGUGUUGCCUCUACUGCUUUUAACAGCUGCUUUACUGAACUGGAGUUUGAUAUCUCUUGUUGAUUUGGUAGCUUUUCUUCUCAUUAGAUUCACAGCACCAAAAAGAGGAUUUCGGUUCCGAGGGAGAUUUCAUUUACUGUGGUCCAUUGUUAUAUUUUCACUGCUUGUUGUUCUCUCGCAAGUGAUAUUUCUUAUCAUAUGGGCAACCGAGGGUGGUAAAUGGAGUGUAGCAGAUGCUUGGUGGGCAAAGCUAAUUGGAUUCAUGAAGGUUGACUCCUGGAGAUCUCCAUUGGUAGUUUAUUUAUUGAUCGUACAACUAUUAGCAGCUUUUGUUGCUGUAGCUGUAAUUUAUGGUAACCAAUUGGGUUUGGUUCCGUGGCGAGAUUCAUGUUGGGGACGCUUCUCAUCAGUUGUUGCACACAUAGGUUAUCAAAUCAGGGUUGCUUCCUGUUUGCUGUUGCCCGCUGUUCAACUUGUUGAGGGAAUUAGCAACCCCUCUUGGGUUUCUCUACCAUUUUUUAUUUGUAGCUGUGUUGGCCUGGUAGAUUGGUCUUUGACAAGCAAUUUUCUUGGUCUUUUCAGGUGGUGGAGGCCUCUUUGGCUCUAUGCAGGCUUCAACAUAUCCCUUCUUUAUGUGUAUCAGCUCCCUAUUGGGUUACCGGAGAUGCCUCGAAGUAUUGCUCAAUUCAUUGGUCUUUACAAAAUAUCUGCAAAAUCUGUGUGGCCAGAAAUUUGUUCUGGUCUUUCUCUUAUUGUGUUCUACUUCAUGGUAUCAUGCGUCAAAUGCGAUUUAGAGGAAAUGGAUUUUAUUAUGUCCACAAGAGAUGGCAGCUUGACCGAGCAUCUUCUUCCCUUAAAACAUUCUUUUUUUAUUCGAGAAUCGAGGUCUGGUGUAAGGAAUACCAAUGUUUUACUUAGAGGUGCAGUUUUUCGGACAUUUAGUAUAAACUUUUUCACGUAUGGUUUCCCGGUGUCCUUGCUUGCUCUUUCAUUUUGGAGUUUCCAUUUUGCAAGUAUCUGCGCAUUUGGAUUACUUGCAUAUGUCGGUUACAUUAUAUAUGCUUUUCCAUCCUUGUUCCAUUUGCACCGGUUAAAUGGACUGCUUCUUGUCUUCAUUCUGUUGUGGGCAGCCAGCACAUAUAUCUUCAAUGUGGGUUUUUCAUUUCUGAACUGGAAACUUGGGAAGGACAUGGAAAUUUGGCAGAUGAUUGGGUUGUGGCAUUAUCCUAUUCCGGGAUUUUUUUUGCUUGCUCAAUUUUGUCUUGGGAUUCUUGUUGCUCUUGGUAAUCUUGUAAACAACACUGUCUUUCUCUACCUGUCUGAUGAGGAAGGGCAAUCUUCAAAUGACAACUGUACUGUUGAAGUGAAAGAAGAGACCAAGGUAUUGAUUGUGGCUACAAUAGCUUGGGGACUGCGCAAAUGCUCUCGGGCAAUCAUGCUGGUUCUGAUUUUCCUCAUUGCCAUGAAACCUGGUUUCGUUCAUGCUGUAUAUAUGAUAUUCUUUUUGAUGUAUCUCUUGAGCCACAACAUCAGCAAAAAGAUACGCCAAUUGCUGAUUCUUCUAUGUGAGGCUCAUUUUGCAAUACUGUACAUUCUUCAGCUUAAUUCAGUCUCUAGAACUUUGGAGCAAAAAGGCUCUUUGAGCAUGGAAAUUCUGUCUCAGUUAGGUCUCCUUGACUGUGACAGUUCCUGGGAUUUCUUGGAAAUAGCUCUGCUUGCUUGCUUUUGUGCAGUUCAUAACCAUGGUUUCGAAAUGCUCUUUUCAUUUUCAGCAAUUGUGCAGCACACCCCUUGCCCUCCCGUUGGAUUCAGCAUUUUGAAAGCUGGUCUGAACAAAUCAGUUCUAUUAUCAGUUUAUGCUUCAUCAAGCACCAGAAACAGCCAUGACGAUGCUUCUUAUGAGAGAAAGAUAGCUUUAUACCUCAGUGCAAUAGGACAGAAAUUUUUAUCCAUGUAUCGGUCGUUUGGAACCUACAUUGCUUUUUUGACUAUUCUUGUUACGGUGUACCUAGUGAGACCAAAUUACGUUUCAUUUGGUUAUCUUUUCCUUCUCCUUGUCUGGAUCAUUGGAAGACAACUUGUUGAGAAGACAAAGCGACGCCUAUGGUUUCCAUUACAAGCAUAUGCUAUAAUGGUGUUUAUCUUCAUCUAUAGCUUGAGCAUAUUUCCCAGCUUUGAGAUAUGGCUGUCCCGAAAGAUAGAUCUUUAUCCUGAUUUGGGCUAUAGAACUGAUGCCUCAUUGUUGGAAAAUGCCUGGGAAUCUCUUGCAAUUAUGAUUGUAAUGCAACUUUAUAGCUAUGAGAGGAGACAGAGCAGGCAUAUUAAAUCAGACCAUCCCAUUCCAUUUCGAUCUGGCAUACCUGGGUUUAUCAGGCGGUUUCUGAUUUGGCACAGUCAGAAGAUUUUGUUAAUUGCGUUAUUCUAUGCAUCUUUAUCUCCAAUAAGUGUGUUUGGAUUUUUGUAUCUUCUUGGGCUUGUCAUCUGUACAACUUUACCUAAAGCUUCUCGGAUUCCUUCCAAGUCAUUCUUGGUUUACACAGGAUUUCUAGUGAUAGCCGAGUACCUGUUUCAGAUGUGGGGUAAACAAGCUGAGAUGUUUCCUGGCCAGAAACAUUAUGAUUUGUCCCUUAUUUUGGGUUUCCAUGUAUUUAAGCCCAGCUUUUGGGGUCUAGAAGGCGGCCUGAGAGGGAAAGUUCUAGUGAUUGCUGCAUGUACCCUUCAAUACAAUGUCUUCCAUUGGUUGGACAAUAUGCCAAGUACUCUUGUAAACGUAGGAAGUUGGGAGGAACCUUGCCCAUUGUUCAUCACAGCAGAAGAUUUGUUACCAGUCGUUUCCACUUCUAAUGGGGAAAUUAACCCUUCAUCUGAUCCCAGUGCACUUUCUGCAAAACGAAUGGUGACAAGCAAUUCAUGUCCAUCUUUUUAUUCUAGUCUGUUUCAAUCAUCUCAUAGUGACUACUCUAAACGAGGGGGAUCUGAGGGUACUAGCAAUAGAAAAUAUUCGUUUGAUUAUAUCUGGGGAAGCUCUAAGGAGAGCCAUAAGUGGAACAAGAAACGAGUUCUUGCUUUGAGAAAAGAGAGAUUUCAAACACAGAAGACUACCUUGAAAAUAUACUUGAAGUUCUGGGUGGAGAAUAUGUUCAACCUCUUUGGCCUUGAGAUAAACAUGAUCACUUUGCUUCUUGCCAGUUUUGCUUUGUUGAACGCCUUCUCUAUGCUAUAUAUUGCAUCUCUUGCUGCUUGUAUUCUCUUGGAUCGGCGUAUUAUACGUAACGUAUGGCCAAUAUUUGUCUUCUUGUUUGGUUCUAUUCUUGUCCUUGAAUACUUUGCAAUUUGGAAGAACGUGAUGCCUUUGAAUCAACAUGUACCAAGUGAGAGCAUUGUGCAUUGCCAUGAUUGCUGGAAAAGCUCAAACACAUACUUCCAUUACUGCAGAAGCUGUUGGCUGGGAUUUACCGUUGAUGAUCCUCGAAUGCUUAUCAGCUAUUUUGUGGUCUUCAUGCUCGCAUGUUUCAAACUCCGUGCUGAUCGUUUGUCCAGUUUCUCUGGGUCAUUUACGUAUCGCCAAAUGAUAUCUCAACGCAAGAAUGCGUUUGUUUGGAGAGAUCUCUCUUUCGAAACAAAAAGCAUGUGGACUUUUCUUGACUACCUAAGGCUUUACUGUUAUUGUCAUCUAUUGGAUCUUGUACUUGCUUUGGUUUUGAUUACCGGAACCCUUGAGUAUGACAUUUUGCACCUUGGGUAUCUUGGUUUUGCUCUGGUUUUCUUCCGUAUCAGACUUGAAAUUCUAAAGAAGAAGAACAAAAUCUUCAAGUUCUUGCGCAUUUACAACUUUGCUCUUAUUGUUCUUUCUCUUGCCUAUCAAUCUCCCUUUGUGGGCGGCAAUUUCAAUGGGGGGAAGUGUGAUACUUUUGACUACAUAUAUGAGGUGAUUGGAUUUUAUAAGUAUGACUAUGGAUUUCGGAUUACUUCGAGAUCAGCUCUUGUUGAGAUCAUCAUCUUUAUGCUAGUAUCAUUGCAGUCAUAUAUGUUUUCUUCCCCGGAGUUUGAUUAUGUAUUUCGAUAUCUCGAGGCAGAGCAAAUUGGUGCCAUUGUACGUGAACAAGAGAAAAAAGCUGCCUGGAAGACCGCACAGCUGCAGCAUAUUCGCGAAUCUGAGGAGAAGAAACAUCAGCGUAACUUGCAAGUAGAGAAGAUGAAAUCUGAGAUGCUCAAUCUACAAAUCCAGCUUCAUAAUAUGAACUCAACUGUUACUUGCGAUGACACUUCCCCUGUUAGUGAAGGCUUAAGGAGGAGGAGGAGUGCUUCUCUUAAUUUGAACAUGGGAGCUCAGAACCUUGAUAAAGAGGAAGAUGUUGUCUUGAAAAAACAUCUACAUAUCAAUGCAGACUCAGAAUUCCCUUUGGAAUUGCAUGAAUCUCCUACUCAUGUAAAAAUGGAAAGUUCAUCACCAGUGAAAUCAAGAAAGCAUUUGAUGGAAUCACCUCUUUGUGAGAUUAUUGAACUUGAAGAGGAUGCUGCUGAUGAUGGUGCAAUUAUUGAUUCAGACAAAGAAAAGAAAGUUAAGGGUGAAUCAAAGGAAAACCCAUUAAUCUCUGCUGUGCAGCUCAUAGGUGAUGGUGUUUCCCAAGUACAGUCUUUUGGAAAUCAGGCGGUUACAAAUCUUGUGAGCUUUCUGAACAUCGCGCAUGAAGACUCAGAUUCAAAUGAGCACUCAUCUACAGAAGAUGGGAUAUGUAGCAACAUAGAGACCCAGAAUAUGAGGCACAUAUCCUUGGAUCGUUCAUCUUCUUUGCAGUCUGACAAGAGUAGAACCAUGUCUGAUGCUGCAAGUUUGCAGAUCGGGAGGAUCUUCCUUCACAUUUGGUCCCAGAUGUGCUCCAAUAAUGAUGUUGUGUGUUAUUGUUGCUUUGUUCUCGUCUUUCUCUGGAAUUUCAGUUUGCUUUCCAUGGUCUAUCUUGCAGCUCUCUUCUUGUAUGCUCUAUGUGCAAAUGCUGGGCCAAGUGGCAUCUUCUGGGUUAUUAUGUUGAUCUACACAGAAGUUUAUAUUUUGCUUCAGUAUCUUUAUCAAAUCAUCAUCCAUCACUGUGGAUUGGGCAUCCAGUCAGACCUACUUUACCAGAUAGGGUUUCCCACACAUAAAAUCACUUCGUCAUUUGUUAUCAAUUCAUUGCCUCUUUUUUUAGUCUAUUUGUUUACCCUGUUACAGAGUUCCAUAACUGCAAAAGAUAGUGAAUGGAUUUACUCGACAGAAUCUGAUUUUUGUAAGGAGAGAGAUCUCUAUCCAAAAGCGGUCUUUUUGAGUUUGAGCUGGAGUAAGAGGGCACAAAAGCUGCUCGAACAAAUAAAAAAUGUGGUGAAAAUGAUAACUAUAGGUUUUUGUAUGUACUGGAAAUCACUGACAUGUGGAGCAGAGUCUCCUCCUUACUUUGUCCAGCUGUCUAUGGAUAUGGGUGUGUGGCCAGAAGACGGGAUUCAACCAGAGAGGAUUGAGUCUGGAAUAAAUCAGUUGCUUAGGAUUGUGCAUGAUGAGAGAUGCAAGGAAGAAAACCCUAAAGCUUGCCAUUCUGCUAGUAGGGUUCAUGUACAAAGCAUUGAAAGAAGUGCAGAAAACCCAAAUGUGGCCUUGGCUGUUUUUGAGGUGGUUUAUGCUUCCCCAUUAACAGAAUGUACGGCUGCAGAGUGGCACAAGUCACUAACUCCAGCAGCUGAUGUAGCAAAGGAGAUUCUUCAAGCACAACGUGCAGGUAUUGUUGACGAAAUUGGAUUCCCAUACCCAGUACUCUCUGUAAUUGGAGGAGGGAAAAGAGAACUCGAUCUGUAUGCCUACGUAUUUGGUGCAGAUUUGGCUGUUUUCUUUCUGGUUGCCAUCUUUUAUCAAUCUGUCAUAAAAAACAAAAGUGAAUUUCUUGAGGUGUAUCAGCUUGAAGAUCAAUUUCCAAUAGAGUUCGUAUCUAUUCUAAUGAUUAUCUUCUUAUUGAUAGUGCUUGAUCGCAUUAUCUACCUCUGUUCAUUUGCCACAGGAAAAGUGAUCUUCUACCUUUUCAACCUCGUCCUUUUUACAUACUCUGUUACCGAGUAUGCUUGGCAUAUGGAGCUUUCCCGCCAAGAAGGCGGAGGAUUAGCACUUCGUGCUAUUUAUCUAACAAAAGCAGUUUCUCUGGCACUGCAAGCCAUACAAAUCCGAUAUGGGGUUCCUCAUAAAAGCACUUUGUAUCGACAGUUUUUAACCAGCGAAGUUUCGCAUGUUAAUUAUUUUGGUUACCGAAUCUAUCGUGCUCUACCUUUCCUUUAUGAAUUGCGGUGUGUACUUGAUUGGUCUUGCACAACCACAUCAUUGACAAUGUAUGACUGGCUGAAGUUGGAGGAUAUAAAUGCAAGCUUGUACCUCGUCAAAUGUGAUGCAAUCUUGAAUAGAGCCAGUCAUUUGCAAGGAGAGAAGCAAACCAAAAUGAUCAAAUUUUGCAGUGGAAUAUGUUUGUUCUUCAUAUUACUCUGUGUCAUCUGGGCUCCAAUGCUGAUCUAUAGCAGUGGUAACCCAACGAACAUCGCAAACCCUAUUAAAGAUGCCAGUGUUCAGUUUGACAUUAAAACAGCGGGUGGAAGGUUGACCUUGUACCAUACAACUUUGUGUGAGAUAAUCCCAUGGGAUAGUCUCAAAGCAGUUGUUGGUAUUGAUCCCCGAGGUUAUCUGGAUACAUAUGACAAGAAUGAUAUCCAAUUAAUAUGCUGCCAACCUGAUUCUAGUACAUUGUGGCUUUUACCCGAUGUGGUUCUGAGCAGAUUUAUUCAUUCCCUUAACGGGAGUAUGGAUAUCAUUUUUACUUGGGAACUUUCCAGGGACAGACCUAAAGGAAAGGAACUAGUGCAAUUUAAAUGUGUUGAUCAUUGGGAUCUUCCAAAGCCAUCAGAAGUGGAGAAAGUUCUUAACGGUUCUAGCAACAGCUUUAGGAUUGCCAAUAUUUUUCCGAGAUAUUUUCGAGUUACUGGUUCCGGUGAAGUGAGACAAUUUGAAUUGGAGGCAAAUGAUGUUAGCGCCGAUCUUGUUAUAAAUCAUGGGAAUCCUGCGUGGUGGUCCUUCCACGAUAUCAAUUCGUUGGAGGUAAGUGAAUGUGGAGGUUUGGCAGGACCCAUUGCCAUCAUCGUAUCUGAGGAAACACCACAGGGAUUUCUUGGGGAAACUCUUAGCAAAUUCAGCAUUUGGGGACUCUAUAUUACCUUUGUGCUUGCAGUCGGUCGGUUUAUCAGACUUCAAUGCUCCGACCUAAGAAUGAGAAUCCCUUAUGAGAACCUUCCUUCUUGUGACAGGUUGAUUGCCAUUUGUGAGGAUAUAUAUGCUGCUAGAGCAGAGGGUGAGCUCGGAGUCGAGGAGGUCCUCUACUGGACGCUUGUGAAAAUUUACAGGUCACCUCACAUGUUGCUUGAGUACACCAAACCUGAUUAGUUACAUGUUUCAACAACUUCACAGGGAUAAAUACUGACAUAAGGUUUGAUUUAGCAUCCAGUUACAUUGAAUAGAAUACUGACCAAUUGAGUAAAUUGCUAACCAAUUGAAUAGAAUACUAACCAAUAGUGAGGAAUCUUUGGAGGGUCCUGAAAAGCUCCACAGUCUACCAAACUCUCUGCUGAUAGUUUUUGUUCCAUUGUUGGAGAGUUCCAUGUUCUCCCAUUUUGUGAUUCUCACACAUGUAUGUAAGUUUCAGUCUGCAAAAGUGUAACUUCCGGCUUCAUUUAAAGAUAAAUACAGUAUGUUUUUUUUCCUUCU